AUUUAUCAGUCUUGCGCAUGCUCACAAAGCACACGCGUUCAUGUGUUCGCUACAGUGGAGGUCACAGUGAGUCGUCAGAAGCUUGGACCUUGAUUCUCUGUUGCCAUGGCAAAGCUUUUUGAGUCCAUUGGGAAGUUGGGAUUGGCCUUGGCCAUCGGAGGAGGUGUGGUUAACUCUGCCCUCUACAAUGUUGAUGCCGGCCACAGGGCGGUCAUCUUUGAUCGCUUUAGGGGAGUUCAGGACAACGUGGUUGGAGAAGGAACACAUUUCCUGAUUCCUUGGGUACAGAAACCCAUCAUCUAUGACUGCAGGUCCAGACCACGCAAUGUUCCUGUUGUCACUGGAAGCAAAGAUCUGCAGAAUGUGAACAUCACUUUAAGAAUAUUGUUUAGGCCUGUAGUAGGUCAGCUCCCAAAGAUCUUCACCAGCAUUGGUGAGGACUAUGAUGAAAGAGUGCUUCCUUCCAUCACCACUGAAGUGCUGAAGGCUGUCGUGGCCAGGUUUGAUGCAGGCGAACUGAUCACUCAAAGAGAACAUGUGUCCAGGCAAGUCAACGAAGAUCUGACGGAGAGAGCGGCAACUUUUGGCCUCAUCCUCGAUGAUGUCUCACUGACUCAUCUGACGUUCGGCAAAGAGUUCACAGAGGCUGUGGAAAUGAAGCAGGUGGCCCAACAGGAAGCAGAAAGAGCAAGAUUUGUUGUAGAGAAAGCAGAGCAGCAGAAGCAGGCAACCAUCAUCUCAGCAGAAGGUGAUUCUCAGGCUGCGCUGCUCAUCGCCGACUCUCUGGCUGUGGCAGGAGACGGCCUGGUGGAGCUGAGGAAGCUGGAGGCAGCUGAGGACAUCGCCUUCCAACUCAGCCGCUCACGCAACGUCACCUACCUGCCCCCGGGACAGGGCACACUGCUGCAACUGCCCCAGUGAGGCGUGUACACACACUAACAAACAUGAUCCCACACACUUCAAUGCACUUCCCCUUUCAGGAUACAACAAAGGAGGCAUGGGAGAAAUAGCAACAGCUGAAGGUCUACUCACAACAGAGUUGGCAACUCUCCCCUCCGUUUUAUUAGUCUCACCAUCUCUCUCGCUCACUCUGUGGCUGAAGUAACGGACUGGAGGUUUUCCAUUAGUGUAAUGGUGUCAGAGGGUGGAUCGGAAAUACAGCAGCUAUGCAGUGUGUGUGUUUAUGUUUGUACAAUAUAGUGUAACGUAAUUGUGUAUUAAUGGCUAAAACAGUCAGAUUGAGAUGGAAACUUCCCCCAGAACAGCACUGGAGUUUUCAAGAAUAUGGAAUUAGACAAAUCCAUUUAAUAACUGGUAAAAUCAGUUCAUGUGUUGGUUUCACUCUGUCCCUUUUAGCCUGUUUUCCUUUUUCUGUUCUCUGUAUUGUUUUUCUGAUUGUGUGGCAGUUCCAUAAGUCACAGAUUGUUGAAUUAAAAUCAUUUCUACUGAAAUGUAAUGAAGCUUAAAGUGUGAAUCUAAAUAAAUUACAAACAAGUUCUGGUUCC